ACAAUCAGUACAUUGUCAUCUUUCCACCAACCAAAUUUACAAAUAUACUUUUAGCUAAAUCAACCAACAAAGCAAUGUCACGCGUACCAGACAUUGCGAAAAAAUUAGUUGAUCACGACCCAGUUCUCAUCAAUGAAUGGAGAGGUUUUUAUCGUGCACUUGGUCUAGGGCCGGCUAAGCUGGCCCAAUUGGAAUACAGAUUUCGAACAGCUACAAUCGAAAUGGAAGACUUAUUCAUUGAAAUCAUUAACGGCUGGGUAUCCAAGUCAGGUUCGGAAGCGAGUAUCACCACCCUUGUCGAAUUACUGAGAGAAUCUGGAUAUGUAAGCUCAUCAGAACUGAUCAAGAAAACUUUUGGGACAAACCUUACCGGAAAUAAUGACCAAAUAUGGCUCACAGACCCAAUAAGUAGUAAUUUUACCAUAGAAACAACAUCCACAUCCACGCUUUCGUCAGGUCCAAAACUCCCCCAAAGAAGUCACCCCACUUGGUACAAGGUGGAAAAAGCAGACGCUGACUUUCAAGGACGCACCGAACAGCUCAGCCUCAUCUCGAACUACUUUAACAACCAAAUUGCUUCCGGUCAAUCCGCCCGAGUUUACCUUUCAGGCCCUGAAACCGCUGGAAAAACCGAACUCGCCAAAAAAUUUACUGCAAAAUUCCACCAAGAUGAAAACGCUAAUUGCAUCUGGAUCGAUGGGAAUCGCGCCUCGGUGCAGAAGAGCUUUACGCGAUUUGUGGAAAGCGUCCUCCCCUCAAACCUGCUCUCUGACAGUCCCACAAAAAUAUCCGCGGUCGUCUCCCUCCUCCAAGAACAUGUCUUUAAACACUCCCAAAAUUCGUGGCUAUUCGUCCUUGAUGGGAUCGAUGAUUCCGAAUCCGUCCAGUUUUUAUCUUCCUUGUUGAAGCAAUUUUCAAAAUUCCCGCCCGUCCAAGACCCCCUUAUUUUGGUAACGAGCCAGAAACAAAUUGGAGACCCCAACAUUCGACUGAACCACUGGACUGAAAAUAAUUUCAAAUACUUGUCCCUCCAUAUUACCUCCUUAUCGAGCCGAUUUGUCAAAAAUUGUCUUAACGACCAGGGCGACAUGGUUCGCCAUGUCAUGUACAGAUUGGCGUCCGUGUUCGAUUCAUUCAUUGCAAAAAACCAGAAGGAGGAAAAGCGAGUUAAAUUGAUCUCGCUGUGUGUCUCCUUAAUCAGUUUGGUCGCUUACUUCGUCACCGAUGAGAUCUCCGAGUCGUACCUCCUUAACAUCUGGGCGUCCCUGGUUAAUCAGCCUGACACCAACUUUACCGACAGGCGCGACAUCCUCGACCGAUUUAGAACCACGUUAGGCAUCUUUUUACGACAACCCGGUAACUCAAACGUUCUAGACUCCCCCAAACCCGCGGUGGUCGCCAUCUUUCGACAAAUCCUCGUGGUCAGCGAUCCAUUCCGGAAGUAUUUGGGCAGAGCAAUUUCAGUCCCGUCGAUUACAGAGGAAUCCGUCAUACAAAAAAUAUUUGUCAUCGUUCUCCGUAAUUAUAAAGAUAACGCCAACUCCGAUAACGAAUCUGGCCAGAAUGUUAAACAUUUAGUAAACAAGGUUUUAUAUGACGACGCUUUAUUAAAGCUGUGUAGCGUCGGAGUUUCAAACUAUUCUUGUUCGAGUAACAAUGUCCCCCUGUUGGGCCAAGUACAUGACAGAUUUGCCACAUUUUUUGGUCGAGGUCAUGACGAAAGCAUGACAGUUUUGAGCGCCUUGGUCGUCGCGCUGAUGAAACAGUCAGACUAUGCGAACGCGGUGGACAAGUGUCGAAACCUGUAUGAUUUGGCGAAGAAAAGAUGUGGCUUAUUUCACGACACGACAUACGCCGCUUACACCAAUUUGGUCCAAUGCUAUAAAGUUGUUAGUUUUGAAGAAGGGAUAAAAUUACGGGAGGAAAUGGUGGUCAUUUUUGAAGCAGAGUUUGGACCCCAUAAUAUUCGCACGAUUGAAGAGCGGUACAAUUUGGCGGUGGCGUUUGGCGAUAAAGAUCCCGCUAAAUGUAAGAAACGUUUGUCUGAGUUGGCCCCGAUUUGUAAGCAAUAUCAUUUCGUCCUGUAUCAAAAGAUGGAAGGAUACAUUAAUCAGCCAAGUGGGGCAAAAACUAAGCUGAUGUCAUGGCUAAAUUAAACAUGUUCAAGAAUUAAGAAAAACCAUAAUUGUUGUUAAUUAUUUAGUCCUUUAAACGUAUUCGUUAAUUUAAACACGAACUAAACAAAUUAUUUAUCUGAAAAUUUCCAUGACGAAUUUAUGUAAGUAUUUGCGAAACACAGAUCCGGUCAAAGUAUGACAAUUAAUCAAUGUGUAACUUCUUAUCGUCGCACGUGUACACAUACAUAAAUGUUGAAUACAGAGAACAAUGGAUUGUGAUCAUCCUUGCGUAUUUUUAUAAAUUGACAAAGCACACAUAAUUACUAUUAUCUCGUAUUUCUCUUCCAGUGUUAAUCACAAAUUAUCUUUCAACACACUGAGAAAUGAGUUUCGUAUCAAUCAAUCAAAUGCCGAAAGCCAUCCUGUCUGAACUUUCGUUAACACUUGUUGAUUUUACUUAAUUGUAAUUGCAUCGUACUAUAUAUUAUUGAAUCAUACAUAAUGAUCCCCGCAAAUAAAUUAUACGCAGCCUUCAGCCAUUUUUUGAUAUUUUCCGUCUACUCCAUCCCACUCGUCGUCGCUCAGCGGACUCCUUUAGUUGAAGCUUUUCCCGAACGGAGAAUCUCUGUAUCGGAAUCUUCACCAGUACGGGGUUUCAUCCUUGGUUCGACUGAGCUGAACAGUGGGAAGUUUUUAAUUAGCGUCUCACUCGUCUCGUUUUUUUGUCGGAUAGAGAAUAAUGACCCUGCUCCACACCUGGAUGUUUAUGGGGAAAAUGGACUGUUUAAACGGUGGAAAUGCGACGAUUUGGCAAGUCGUCAGGUGUGGUUGACCCUUGAUGCUUUAGCUGGCAGCCCAUGGUUCAAUAUCACGGCUUCAAACAACACCGCGUGGGAGAAAGGGUGGGAGGCUCUGGUUGUGGGGACCUUGUACCAGACAAAUUACACCUUGGCCCGUACGUGUCCAGAGGGAUAUUUCGACUGCAAAAGUCCAAGCGCAAUGUGUCUCGGGCAAAACAGACAGUAUGACACGCAAAGAUGCAUUCCUGACGAGCUCGUAUGUGAUAAGAUGCCUAGUUGUGGCAUGUUGUGCAACGCCGACGAGGCAGACAUUUGCAAUCGUACGAUAACAACACCGCGGAAUAACAAAUCAGGGGACGACUCAGAAUUUCCGACCUGGGGUUACUACGUUAUAGUUGGAUGUAUCUUUGGCGCGUCUACUAUUUACGGCAUUUUCGUUUGGAUUCGUAAUAAAAGAAUUCAGAAUGCUCGCCUGAUCAGUGAUGGCAUUCAAUUGAAACCCGCCUCGAUCCCAAUCCCCGCGCCAAUUGAACCUUCGUGGUCCAACGCUAACCAAGGUGGUGGGGGUGCAAGCAGGAGAAAUUCUCGGGAUGUCAGCUCGACUGUAACCGUUCCAGUUUUCGCCCCGAUGGAAAACUACGGUAAAAACUAGACAGCAAACUAUCACUGAAUUAUAAUUAUCACAAAUUUACUAAACUCUGGUAGUCAUUACCGGCUUCUAAAAUAUCCGUCUUAACGCACGUAUUUGUUUUGAAAGUUAAUUACAUCCUUGAUUUUAUUAUUUUCCUGAAACCAGAAUAUGAAUUAUGGUAUCGACAAUUUAAUAGCAUAUUUCUAUUAUCUAUUCGCGUAUCAAUUUUUGGAGUUACGGGUGGACAACAAGUUGGAUAAUGUUGAAUUGUUAUGUACCUUACCAAUAAAUUAUUCUGGACAAGUAAAAA